AUGAAGUCCCGUGAUGUGCGCGUGUUCCUUCUCGGCGUCGUUGUGAUUUCCUGUGCCAACGGGUGGGAUCUACGCUCGGUAGGAAUCGAUCGGUUUAGCGUGCGCCAGGUGUCUCUCUACCACUCGAGGGCUUUCGUGACGAUCGAGUCGGCGAACGUGUCUCUGGUGGAAACCGUUUGGCCUGAAAACGUCCCCAACCAGCGCUCCUGGAUAUUGUCGGACGAGCUGGACCGAAGUUGGAGGUGCUCUUGCCGGGGGCUACGGAAUGUGUUGAGUACCGACGUCGAUCGGAUCGCACGUCUCUGGAUACUGAGCGGUCCGGAUCGUCACUGCCGGCCGAAGCUAACGAUUCGUAGCCUGCUUAGUCCGGCCACGGGUGAGAUUGAGUAUCGCUUCCGACGUCCGGAGUCCGAACAGCGCUUCCACACGAUCGUCGUGGAUCCGGUACCGGCAUCCGAUGGCGACACCCGUGCCUUCAUUACCCUGCUCGACCAGGACUACCUACUGAUCUACUCACUGUUCAAGCGCUCCCUGGGUAAACUACAGUUCGAAAGGACCGAUCUUACCCCGUUGCAUCCGAUCUCGCUGUCGGAGAUGACGAUCAACCACCAUCGGUUGUACGUGGCGGACACGGUUAGUGAUCGACUGUUUGCGCUCCCGAUCCGUAACCUCCGCCAGCUCGCUUUUCCCCACGACGGGAUCCAGAAGAUCGUGAUGCAAGCGAACGUCGCCUACCUUGGGCGGUUGCUCGGACGGCCACAAGCCCUCACGCUUGACUUCCACGAUCAGUUGCUGUACAUUUUGCCACGGGACGGUGCCAUCGUCAAGUGGACGCCUGGUCGAUCGCUGAAGGCGGAAAAUCACCGGGUCAUCUACCAGCAGAGCACCAACCUGACGCAGAUCAUACUCGGGGUCGGCGGGAAGGCGUGGGCCGUAUCCGGGGAGCACGUUUCCGAUGACACUCGACAGCAUUGCGUGAAGAUCAGUGUGUAG